AUGCAUAGAAGUAUGCGUAAUAACGCAGGCGGGCUGCUUAUGCACACAACGCGCGCAUUGGGCCUUGGCGGUUACUCUAAAAAAGUACUCGCGAGUGACAUUGCUAGAGGUAUCCCUGGUCCAAGGUCCAUCUCCUCUAUACCAAAAACACAGAAGGGCGUGGUUUUCUAUGAACACAGUGGAAAGCUCCACUACCAGGAUCUCCCGGUCCCUAAGCCCAAGCCGGGUGAGAUAUUAGUCAAUAUCAAAUACUCUGGCGUCUGUCAUACAGAUCUACAUGCGUGGAAAGGUGAUUGGAAAGAGUUGCCUGUUAAACUGCCUUUGGUUGGAGGUCACGAAGGAGCCGGUGUCGUGGUGGACAAAGGCGAAAAUGUAACGAACUUUGAAAUUGGCGACUUGGCCGGUGUCAAGUGGCUCAACGGCUCUUGUAUGUCGUGCGAACUUUGCGAGCAAGGUCAUGAGCCCAACUGUGAACGUGCUGAUUUGUCUGGAUACACCCACGAUGGCACCUUCCAACAGUACGCGACUGCAGAUGCCGUCCAAGCAGCUCAAAUUCCGCUGGGGACCAAUCUAGCAGAAGUGGCCCCCAUUCUGUGUGCAGGAGUCACCGUUUACAAGGCUUUAAAAACUGCCGAGCUAAAACCCGGCCAAUGGGUUGCGAUUUCUGGGGCUUCUGGCGGAUUAGGAUCGCUGGCUGUCCAGUAUGCGAAGGCGAUGGGGUUGCAAGUACUGGGUAUUGAUAGUGGGGAGGACAAGCGAGCGCUUUUCCAUAAGCUUGGUGGAGACGUUUUUGUAGAUUUUACAACUACUGAAGAUAUGGUGGGAAAUAUUCAGACAGCAACCAACGGUGGUCCCCAUGGCGUUAUAAACGUCUCUGUUUCCGAGACCGCCAUUUCACUGUCUACUCAAUAUGUUAGACCUUGCGGGACUGUUGUCUUGGUUGGGCUGCCGGCCAAUGCAUUUGUAAAGUCCGACUUGUUCUCGCACGUUGUGAAAUCCAUUUCCAUCAAGGGCUCGUACGUCGGAAACCGUGCAGACACCAGAGAAGCUAUCGACUUUUUUGCGAGAGGUCUCGUGAAAUCUCCAAUCAAGAUCGUUGGACUCUCAGAGCUCCCAAAAGUCUACGAAUUGAUGGAUGCCGGCAAGAUCUUGGGCAGAUAUGUUGUUGAUACGUCAAAGUAA